GUUACGGUUACAUUUCCUCCAGUUGGGUCCGUAACAGUGGAUAAUAAGGAUAUCUUCUCUGAAAACUGCAUUUGUCUACAUAUUAAAGCGCAUUUUAAGAGUGCACUCAGGAACACGCAUGCAUCGCGAGGCCCCACAUGGACUAAAAACGUCUUAUUAACCGGGAGAGCGCGUGGACACCUACCGAGAGAGACCUCAGAGAUAUGUCCAACUCCAACGGACGAGGUCAUGGGGGUCUUAACCAACUAGGAGGAAUGUUUGUGAACGGCCGUCCUCUCCCUGAGGUGAUCCGGCAGCGCAUCGUGGACAUGGCCCACCAGGGCGUCCGGCCCUGCGACAUCUCACGCCAGCUCCGGGUCAGCCACGGCUGCGUCAGCAAGAUCCUGGGACGUUACUACGAGACUGGCAGCAUCAAGCCGGGUGUGAUCGGGGGCUCCAAGCCCAAGGUGGCCACACCCAAAGUGGUGGAUAAGAUCGCAGAGUACAAGCGUCAGAAUCCCACCAUGUUCGCCUGGGAGAUCAGAGAUCGUCUGCUGGCCGAGGGCGUCUGUGACAGCGACACCGUGCCCAGUGUCAGCUCCAUCAACAGAAUAAUCCGAACAAAGGUACAACAGCCGUUCAAUCUGCCUAUGGACGGGAAGGGCUUGAGUCCAGGACACACACUCAUCCCCAGUUCAGCCGUCACCCCUCCAGAGUCUCCCCACUCCGACUCUCUGGGCUCCACCUACUCCAUCAGUGGUCUGCUGGGGAUCUCUCAGCCCACGGGAGAGGGCAAGCGCAGCCACGACGACAGUGACCAGGAGAGCUGUCGUCAUAGCGUUGACUCCCAGGGUAGUGGGGGGGUUCCCAGGAAGCUGCUGAGACCAGACCACUUCCCCCCGCAGCACCUGGACUGUGGCUUCGACCGACACCCCUUUCCUCCAGACUCCUUCAGCUCCGCAGCCUCUAGCAAGCCAGACCAGCCUCUGUACCCUCUGUCACUCAUCAGUGGCAGUGUCGAAGACGGCAAGACCAGCCUCUCAUCAUCGAGCGCCGCUAUUGGUCGGAAUCUGGGAGCCCAUCAGGGCUACACUGUAGUGGGAGACCCUCUGCAGUCCCUCCCACUUUGUCUGAAACAGGAAAUGUCCCCGGAAGUGACAAGCACAAGCCCCUCCCCCAACCUGGCGGCUCAUAGCUCCGCCUUCCUGGAGUUGCAGUGUCUUCAGGCUCCUGUCGCUAACAGCUGCAGCUUCCCUCACACCUUCAACUCAUUUUCCCAUCAUGCACCAGUGUACGGGCAGAUCAGCAGCCAGAAUGUCAUGUCAGGGCGGGACAUGGUUAGCUCCACCCUGCCGGGGUACCCCCCCCACAUCCCCUCCGGAGGACAGACAGGAUACUCCUCCUCCGCCAUCACCAGCAUGGUCGCAGGAGCAGACUACUCGGGGCAGUCCUACACACCCUACACCUCCUACAGCGAAGCCUGGAGGUUUAACUCCAGCAUUCUGGGAUCCCCCUACUACUACAGCACAGCCUCGCGCAGUGGACCCCACUCCUCCGCCGCCUACGACCACCUUUAGCUCCUCCCACACAGGGGGGGGGGGGGGCAGGAAGUACCCUGGACCAGUACAGGAAGCAUUAGAAAGGGACAGGAAGUACAUUGGAGCUGGACAGGAAGGAGGAGGAGGGGACAGGAAGCUGAGGACAAGGGGACCAGGAAGUAGCAGGCAGGAGGACCAGAACAGGAAGUAGGAAGUGAGGAGACAGGAACCUGAGGAAGAAGGGACAGUACGCUAUUGAUGCAUUCCAUGCCAGCACAAGACAGCUGAACUUGUCUGCAGAGUUCAGACUGAACCAGCACAACAGACUUUCACAGCAUCAGGCUCUUUUGUUGACAUUUUCAGGUAUAACUUGGAACACAAACCGGUUUACACAUGCUGUCACUGUAAUUCAUCCACAAGCAUUGUGACAAAUAUUUUACAUUUAUAUUUGACUCAUUUAGCAGUCGCUUUUUAUCUAAAACAACAUACAAUUGGUGCAUACAAAAGAUGACUAGUGAAAAUAAAACAUAUGGGCUUGUCUAGGGUGCAUGGAUUUGAUCCUAUGAACAUCCAGCCUUAUGGCUCAUUUUCAUCACUGGAAAGACCUUCCCCAUAGUCUCCACUGAGGUGGAUGUCAUCUCAGACUUCUGUCCCAGAAUGUAAGGACUAAAUGAGCUCUGGAAAAGGACCAUGACUUCCUGGUGACAUCAAUGAUAGGUUGUUGCUUUGGCGACAGCUGCUCUUGUGCGAUGUUUCUAUUUGCAUUUAGUUUACAAAACUCUCCAUGACGAUGUGAUCAGGUGAUCUCUCAUCUCCUCAGUACAGGUGUGUUUCCAAGGUUUCUCCUUCUACUUGGGAAACAUACAUUUCAGUGUCGGAGCUUCCAUUCAAAAAUUUAAAAAACCACAGAGGUAAAUACACUGGAUGACAGUAUGAUAACAACAGGCUUGUUAACAGAUCCAGCCAUCUUAUGUUCUGCUUUCCGACGCUCGCCCGCCGAGCCAAAGCCUUGAAGAGACUGAGACGGAGAGAGUUAACUGCGUCAUGUUAGAAUGCCCUCUUGAGGCCCUGUGUCGUCUGAUCGAUGUGGGGCUUCUAUGGCAAUAUGUAAAUACUGUAUAAACCGCUCCGUAGGAAGAAUUGCAAUUUUAUUAUAAGGAUGAUUUGUGGGAAGGAAUAGUUUGGGGAUCAAUGGUUUAAAUAUCUGAAAAACACUAAACUCUUUAAAGAUUUUUUUCCUUUAACGAUAUUUCGAGUUUGUUGUCAUGCUGAUGUUUCGUAAGAACUGUGACUAUUUUUUUCUUAUACUGGUAUUAAUAUUAUUGAAGAUGUAAAUAAUGAAUUUCUAAAGAAUUAUUUUAAUUAAAAUAAAGCAUGACAAACUUUUU